AUUGUACUCGUGAAGCCACCCUCCAAAGAAAAUGCCAGAGGACGCUUGGAAAUGUUGAUAAGGAAUGGAAGGUCAGGUAGCAGAAACACCUAAUAUCAAGACUUAGGACCCAGACAAUGAACUGCAUCUUUCAGUUGAAAGUGCACCACGGCUGCCCUAUCUGUCAGAUGAACGUAAAAGCUGUGCAAAGUGUGUGUGUACUCUUGUCGUCCAGCAUUAUGUGGGAGUGGCCAGAGGAGCCUGGAAAGAGCUUUGGACCAGCAGUAACUGAGCUUGUGAGGCGCUAAUGGGGCUGGAGCGGGUGUCUUAACUGUCUCUUUCUUUUGCAAUGCCCUCGCCUGACUACAGCCUUCUUACAUCCUUUGGGUCUGUGCAUGGGUUUUACAACUACGAGGAUUUGCACAUGGAGUUCGUGCUAAUUGCGAAGGAUUACUACCUACGUCCCGUCGUUUUAGUUGGGUUCCCGCUCUCGUAUCUUUUGGUGCACCAUAGCAUCUGCUGCCACAUGGUCAUGCCAGCCAUUUUCAGGAAGUUGAAUGACAUUGCUCAUGGUUUUGUGAAAAUGGGUUGGCGGGAAACGAACGUCAUUGGCGUCGGUGCAAUGCCUGCCUUCUAAGUUAGUGUGGAUGGUUGCCUGCUUGUGGAUUAUGGAGCAAUUUAGUGGUGUUUUGAUUCCAGUACAGCUCGGGUCAUCGGAUAGAACUUAGGUUGGGUUAGAAGCAAGGUGUUGAUUGUUGCUCGCUCACUGGUGAGGUUCCUGUCCUUAUGCUGUGGAUCGAAUGUCGGGGGUCGAGCCAGGGUUUGUUGAAUAUGCCGUAAUGAUGUGGAUGGUUUUAAGGUCCAUCGUCGUCUAGUAGCUGUGGUGAAUAGAGGAAUUUCGGUGUCUGAAAUAAGGCCAUUUGGAGCGCAAGGGCUGUUUUGUUGGGCUACUUCUUUCAGUUGCAAGAAAUUGAGCCUGUGGUGUUAUUGUUGAGAGAAUUUGUAGGUAUAGUCAUUUUCGAGUAUAUGAUGUAACUUUGUAGACGCCAUCUUAAAUUUGGCAUGUUUAAUUAUUUAUGACGUGUCGAUGAUCUUAUUCCUUAAUGUGCUGAGGAGUAGUCCUAUGAAGUAUUAUCAGAAGCCUCUGAGCGGCGGAUGGCCCAAUAUGAUGACUGAGGUUCGAAAAUUUAAAUGAGAAAGUAGCGAAAAUAAAACCCUCGGAUUGGGGGGACACGCGAAAACCCUGUCUGGUAUCCAAGCAAUGGGGAAGGUACAACGCGCUGCGGCAGAGAAGAAGUGGGGUGGCGCCAAGACUGUCACCACGCAGGUGGUUAAAGCCGAAGCAAAUGCUCGAGAUGCACCUGAAGCGUCGAGGUUGCCGCUUGUGAUUGCCCUCAACUGUCUACCAGAUUGCUCUUUGGAAGAGAAGGAGCUGAAAGGAGUGGCGAAGAUCGAACAUGUGAGCCUGGCACAGCUGGGUGAGGGUAAGAUCGAGGCAGCAUCGGCAGUUUUGCUGCACUCUCUAGCUCACCUCCCUCGAGCAGCGCAAAGACGAUUGCAACCAUGGCAUUUGAUUUUGACUUUGAGCUGCAUGGACAAGAUGGUGGACUCUGCUCUGGCAAAUGAAUUAGGGUUGCAAUUACUACAUGUGGAUAGUGCAAGAGAAGAAGAGAUUGCUGAUACUGUAUUGGCUUUGCUACUCGGGCUCCUUAGGCACACACACGUCCUGGCUUCUCAUGGGUACGCCUCUGCUGGAUGGUUGGGUACCAUACAUUCCUUAUGUAAGGGAAUGCGUCGCUCCAAGGGAAUGGUCAUCGGCAUCGUUGGUGCCACAGCACCUGCACGUGCAGUUGCAAGUCGAAGUCUUGCGUUUAGAAUGAAGGUUCAGUACUUUGAUCCCGAAGAGGGAAAAGAAAACCAGCGCAGAAGAGCAUUUCCGGCAGGAGCCGAAAAAAUAAAUUGUUUAAAACAGCUGCUCUCCACCAGCGACAUCGUUACACUUCAUUGCGAACUUACCAAUGACACUGUUCAGCUGAUUAAUACCGAUAGUCUACAACACAUGAAACCAGGUGCGGUAGUGGUAAACACAAGCAGUAGCCACCUGCUGGAUGACUGUGCGAUGAAAGAAGCGCUCAUCAAUGGCACUAUUGCUGGCUGUGCCCUGGACGGUAUCGAAGGCCCCCAGUGGCUAGAAGCUUGGGUGAGGGAAAUGCCCAACGUGUUGAUUCUUCCUCGCAGUGCCGAUUACAGUGAAGAAGUGUGGGCUGAGAUACGAUGCAAAGCCGUCUCUGUGCUGUGCUCAUACUUUGUAGAUGGAGUCAUCCCUUCAAACGCAUUAAUAGACGACGACGACAACGACGAUGAUGCCUAUUCUAAUCAGGCCCAAAGUUUGCCAUGGCAAGAGGAAGCAACCAAGCCUAGUAAGGUGGAAAAAAAUGAGCAGUCUAAACGGAGUGUAAUUGGUUCAAGCCAGGAUACUGCGAGUCAAAAAGGAGCCUUUCAAGAGUUUCGGAGCAAACAACAGCAGCUGUAUUAUCAGGCCUGACAGAAUUGUGUCAGCUGUUGGACUCAAAAUAUGUAUGUCAGCUAUUAUCCAACUCAAUCAAUGGUUCAAUGUGCAGCCCAGGGUUGCCAAACGGCCACAUUGAGGAGCAAGAUUCUCAUACCAGUAGCUUCUUUUAUACAUUUAUUUGUGAAGGUUUUUCAGAGUAUUAUCUAUAUCAUGUAACAUAAGGGAGGCGUCUUUUAUGUGAAUGGGCUCUCGUGAAAUUUCAAUUCAAUGGGGAGGAAAUCCUUAUGAUUUUUCUUUUA